GGUUGCGUUUUAGAUCAAGCGCAUUCUAUUGGUCUAAGCAUGUUGCUAGGUUAAAAUUCGUUCCCGCAGUAGGUUCUAGAAUAACGAGCGUGACUUCAAAGCAAACAGAAGGAUUUCAGGUGGUCCUGAUUUCGAGGUCAUGGCUGUCCCGCAUUUCAGUAGACAUCGCUUCAGACGAAUGAUUGCAUGUAUAACUCUUCUACAUGUGGCGGGCAGUGAGGAAGCGGACCGAAGGCCAUUUUUUAUUAUAGGCCAUAUGGCGAACUCCAUAGCAGACGCAGAAACACUCAUGACGAAAGGCGCCAACUCACUCGAGGUGGACGUUCGGUUCUCAAACAACGGCACAGCGAGCCGCGUCUACCACGGAUUUCCCUGUGACUGCUUGCGCAAGUGCGAUGGCGAGACACCCUUCACGGACUAUUUGGACUACAUCCGCAGUGUGACCAGCGUUGAUGGGGCGAAGUACAAGGACAAACUGCUGUUGCUGUAUCUUGAUUUGAAGACGUCAGACAUUGCUGAUAACCGGAAGUAUGACGCUGGGACAGACGUCGCUAACAAGCUUAUUCGACAUCUGUGGGUAAAUGUUUCAGACACCAGUGCUCUCAACGUGCUGCUGUACGUAAGCAGCACUGAUGACAGCGAACUCUUUCAUGGGGCCUUAGACACGUUGGCCAAACAGGAAGACGCAGAGCACUGGAUCGAACUAGUUGGGUUUGAUUUUGGCACGUACCGACACCCGGAUGAAAUUAGCAAAGCAUUCGUCCAGCUAGAUAUCAACGGCCACUGCUGGCAAGGUGGCGGAAUUACCAACUGCCUCGUGAAUUUCCUGGGGAACUUCCAGCUGCCGGGAAUUGUGGCGGCCCGUGACGGCGAUGGCUACGUCGACAAAGCUUACGCGUGGACAGUCGACGACUCUCCUACUAUCAUACGCUUCAUCAAGAUUGGCAUCGAUGGAAUGAUCACGAAUAGACCGGACAAUGUGCUCAAAGUCAUCGGAAAAAGCGACAUCGCCCCUCUGGUGCGACCGGCAGGACCAGAAGACAGUCCCUGGAGUCGCAUACGAGUCAAGUAAUAAGCUGCAAAGAAAUCAUGUUGUGAUUUACGGCACUCUAUUGCCCUUGGUAAAUCUAACAAAGUAUAUCCCUGGGAAUGUGUAUCGUAUUAUGUUAGUUCCGGGAUCAUGCGCUAUUGACUGUAGGAGGGAGCGAAAAGAAAAGGUGAGAGGCAGAGAUGUUAACCAGAUUAAGAGUCCGGUUGGCUUCCCUGCACAGGCGUAUUAGGUAACGGGAAGAAAAGAUAAAACAAGAGAAGAAUAAAAAAAAGGAAUGCAACCAUUCAAACAUUCUUUUGAUUUUCCUUGAGUCAGGUUUCUUUUUAAAAACACACUAACACUUUUAAAGCAGUUAUAUCUCAGUUGUAUCUAAGCAGUUGUAAUUUUAAAGCAAACUGUAUCUGAGCAAGGCUAUAAAUAAUGCAUGGUACAGCUGUAGCUUCAAUCGCACAGAUGCGCCCCAAGGUUUUACUAUUGGUUGGAAUAUUUAUAAGGCUUGGAAGCCGCAGAAGUGUUGAGGAUAAAUACAAAUACAAAUACAAAUACCUUUAUUUCAACAUCAGGGAUGUUAGGGGUGCACCCAAAAAGCCUAUGACUGGCUUGACAGGGGGGCGCACCCCCGUACAUAAAAACCGGCAGCAACAGAACACGGACAGAACAAUAGUAAUAAAAAUAGACUACAGUGCAUAGGUAAACAUCAUAUUCAAUAAAUAUUAGUGAACAUCCUCUUGCAAUAACAAAUAAAUGAAGGCGGUAGAAUUCACACGAAACGCUCAGGAACACUAAAGAAUGCAAAACGAAGAAUAACAAUAAGAGAAGAAAGAAUAGGAAGGAGGCGCAAACUUGCAGUAAAAAACACCCGUAUCGUUAGGUUUUCAGUGUUCAUUGCGCCGAUUAAGAAGAGUUGGAAUUAUAUGUCGGAGCAUUUGAAGACCGUAAUUAGUACGAAAGGAUGGCACAUGCCAGACGUCGUUGUUACGUGUUGGGUAGUAAUUAGCUUUGGGCCGUAAGUUAGCUGUGUCAUGAAAGAAUGCGUCAUGAUUUUUCCGUUUUCUUUCAUAUCGUUUACUUAGCAAUAAAUUAUAUACGUCAUUAAUUGGUGUUACUUUUAAUGAUGCGGAAAGAGGUUGAGUGUGAGCAGUAAACGGGGCAUUCGCAAUGAUACGAAUGACCUUUUUCUGUAUUUGCUGUAACCUAUAUGUAUUUGACCAUAUUGUUGUACCCCACACCAGAUGACAAUAUGAAAGGUUAGAUAAAAAUAGUGCAUUAUAAACUAAAAGUCUAACACUCAGAGGUAGUAGAGAGCGGACUCUGUAUAACAUGCCUGUGCAUUUUGAAAGUUUUUUAACCAGAUUGUCGAUGUGCAUGUCCCAUGAAAGAUUGCACUGCAGUGUCACACCUAGACACUUUACUGACUCCGCUAUUUCAAUGCUUUGAAAACCAAGCGUUAGUGUAGGUAAGUGUUCGAGUGGUUUGUUCUUAGGUUUCAAAAGUACAGCUUUAGUUUUGGUAGCGUUAAUUUUCAAUAAAGAUUCAGUACUCCAUUCGACCAAUUCGCGCAGAGUUUCAUUAGCGUUUAAUGCCAAGUCAUUAAGUGUUUUAGCCCUAAAAAAUAUGCUGACAUCAUCUGCAUACAUUACACAUUUAGCGCUGUUGUCAAUAUUCACAAUGUCGUUAAUUUAGAUGUUAAAGAGUGUAGGUCCGAGAAUACUGCCUUGCCAGAAUGAAUACUGCCAGAAUGAAUGGAUCUAA